GCCCAGCUGCUGCCCCGGCUCCCCGCCCCCCCCCGCGUGCUCUGGGUCCGUUCCGAGCUGGGCCCGGCCGAGGCCGCGCGGGACUACGAGGGCAGGCUGAGACAGGAGUUCCCGGGCGAGGACCCCCCCCGGUUUGAGCUGCUGCUGCUGGGGGUGGGGCCGGACGGACACACGGCCUCGCUCUUCCCGGGACACGCCCUGCUCCAGGAGCAGAAUUCCCUCAUUUCGUACCUGCUGGACUCUCCCAAGCCGCCUCCCCAGCGGGUGACGAUGACGCUGCCGCUGCUCAACGCCGCCAAAUCCGUGCUGGUCGUGGCCACCGGCGCCUCCAAGGCUCCUGUGCUCAAGCGGAUCCUGGAGCAGCAGGAGCCGGAUCCCGUCCCGGCCGCGCGGCUCCGGCCCCGCUCGGGGCGGCUCCGGUGGCUCCUGGACCGGGAGGCGGCGGCGGAGCUGAGGGAGCCCCCGGCACCCUGAAAUGGGGGGAAAAUUGGGAAAAAUGUCCCUAAAAUGGAGAAAAUCCAGAAAAAAAACAGCGAAAAUGUCCUUAAAAUGGAGAAAAUCCCAGGAAAAAUGUCCUUAAAAUGGAGAAAUUCCAGGGAAAAAUGCCCUUUAAAAUGGAGAAAUUCCAUGGAAAAAUGGAGAAAUUCCAUGGAAAAAUGUCCUGAAAAUGCAGAAAUUCCAUGGAAAAAAAUGUCCUGGGAAUGGAGAAAUUCCCAGGAAAAAUGUCCUUAAAAUGGAGAAAAUCCCAGGAAAAAUGUCCUUAAAAUGGAGAAAUUCCAUGGAAAAAUGGAGAAAUUCCAUGGAAAAAUGUCCUGAAAAUGCAGAAAUUCCAUGGAAAAAAUGUCCUGGGAAUGGAGAAACUCCAGAGAAAAAUGUUCUUUAAAAUGGAGAAAUUCAAUGGAAAAAUGUCCUUAAAAUGGGGAAGUUCUGGAAAAAACCAGCAAAAAUGUCCUUAAAAUGGAGAAAAUCCCAGGAAAAAUGGAGAAAUUCCAUGAAAAAAUGUCCUGAAAAAUGGAGAAAAUCCAGAGGAAAAUGUCCUUAAAAUUGGGAAAUUCCCAGGUAAAAUAUCUUUAAAAUUGAGAAAUUCAAUGGAAAAAUGUCCUUAAAAUGGAGAAAUUCCAUGGAGAAAUUCUAUGGGAAAAUGGGAAAAAAUGUCCUUGAAAUUGAGGAAUUUCUGGGGAAAAUGGGCUGGGAAAAUUCCCAUGAAAAUUUUCUUUAAAAUUGAAAAAUUCCAUGGAAAAAUGUCCUUAAAAUUGAGGAAUUCCAUUUAAAAAUGUCCUUAAAAUGAAGGAAUUCCAGGAAAAAUGUCCUGGGAAUUUCUCAAUUCCAGGGAAAAAAAAAAUGGUUCUGGAAGUGAAAAUUCCAAUGGAAAUGAAUUAAUGGAGUGAAUUAAUUAAUGGAAUGAAUUAUUUAUGGAAUUCCCAGGAAAAAAUGGCCCAGAAAUUGAGGAUUUUCCCUGGGAAAAUAUCUCAGGAAUUGAGAAUUCCAAAGGGAUUUUUGAAUUCUUUUAAUUGGGAUUUUUGACUGGAUUUUUUUUUUGGAUUUUUGGACCUUUUUUAGGGGGGGGAUUUUUGGCUUUUUAGUUUGGGAUUUUUGAAAAUUUUUUUGAGAUUUUUGACUGGAUUUUUUGACCUUUUUAUUUGAUUUUUGGACUCUUUUUUUUUGGUGAUUUUACCUGAAUUUUUUGGGACCAAGGGGCUCUUAGGUUGAACUGAAAAUUCUCAGAAAAUCCUCAAAAUUCUGGGAAAAAAACCCAAAAAAAUCAAAGAAAUCAAAAAAUUCUGAAAUCAAGAGUGGGACUGGGAAUCCCAGCAGGAACUGGGAUCAACUGGGAGAGGAAAAAUGAAUCAAAACGGGCCAAAAAAUUGAGAUUUUGGAGAUUUAGGAGCUUUUAUUUUGAUUUUUUUUGGAAUAAACGGUGCUUGGGCUGAGCUGGAA